AAUUAAACAUUUUUUAAUUUAAAUCAAUUUUUUAUGAUUUUUCUAUUUGUUUCUUUAAUUUUAAUGGUGUUAGUUGCUAAUCUAACGCAACUGACAGAGAGAUAUCAACAAAACGGCCAACCUAAAACAACGAGAUUUUCUAUUAGGCGAGCCGUUGCCCAUAACACGGCCGCAGCAAUUGCAACAUUAUAGUUCCAGGCAGCAGAAAACCAGACAACAAAGGCAGCUAGAAAAAACCAACAACAAAUUGUUUGGAAAACAACAGCAACAACCGCAACAUCAACUAAAACAGCAAUUACUACAUACGACGACAAUCAGUUGCUGUCGUAAUUGUAACUGUUGCCACGAAGGUGAUUGUAUUAGUUGUUGUAGUUGUUGUUGUCAUUGCUGUUGCAUGUUAACGCAAAGUUUCACGCAUAAAAGCCACAAAAUUACCACCUUAACAACAGACAGUUAUAAACAACUAUUUGUUUUGAUUACUAUGUUAUUAACAGUAUUAAGUGUACAGCCAUCAACAUUUACAAUGGCAGCACCUUUGCAACAGCCACAACAGUAUCAGCUAACGCAGCCGCAGCUACAUCAACAACAACAUAAUUUACCCCACGAUACACUUCAUCAUUCCCAGUUACCUGACAUUUUGUUGGCUGAUGAAAAAGUACACAGAUAUGAUCAUCAUCAUAAUUAUAUUUAUCAUAAUCAUCAAAGGCAUAGACAACAGCAGCAGCAGCAGCGUCAUCUACAGCAUCAACAAUUGGAGACUGAUUUAAUACGGAACGUGGAGGAUGAGGAUGAUGAGGAGAAGAUACAUAAACGCGAAAUAAGUUGGCAUGAUUAUUACAAUAGUAUAAUGCAAUCUCAGGCAAUUAAUUGGUAUAAUCCUUGUGGUGGCUUUUCAAAAAUGGACGAAAAACCGGUUAAACGAAAGAGACCUCCACCAAUCAAAAAGGAACUAAGAAAACUACAAAAUACCAUAGCUAAAAAUUAUAAUUUAAUAAAGGGCACCCUACAUGCGAUCAAUAUACGUAACAUGAAGCAGUGGGACUUGGGUGAACAAUACUCGUUUCUGCCCAAAUUAAAUACCAAUUCAAGUAUCUCACUCCGUCGCUGGCAUCGUCAAUUGCAAAUCUACGUGGCUGCUUUCGAAUAUCUACGACGCGCUCAAUUACACUUUGAUUAUGUAAGAGACAGUCAGGAAAGUCCCUUUGCACAUGAACUAAAUGAUCUAAUGAAAGAUGCUCGCAAUAUAUUAUGCAAUAUAGAACAUGCCAUCAAUAACACAACCACACGAAAGAGUGCCACAAAUAUCGACUCACUCUUUAUAAGUCGCACCAGAAUGGAAGGUAUAUUUAAUUUUACCACAAACAUAAAAUACGUGUCACCCUUGAAAUGGCAUCAAAUAAAAACCGAUGACAAAAAUUGGAUUGUUAAUGAAAUUGAUUUAAGAUUUGCCAAAUCUCAUUAUCUGGGUUUUGUACGCAAAUUAAUGAAAAUCUUGAGAAUGCAUACAAAAAGACCGGGACCCAUAUAUCUGGGCAAAAAUGGCAAUGGCAAUAAAAAGCAACCAGAACAAAAUCGGCAGCUACAGCAACAAAAGAAAUCACAAAAUCGGGAUAAAACCAAACUAAGACAUUCAAAAAAUAACUCGAAUAAGUAUUACAAAGAAAAUACAUUCUCUUAA